CACACACACACACACACACACACACACACACACACACACACACACACACACACACACACACACACACACACACACACAUACACACAUACACCCCACCCCUCCUUCUGCCUUGCCCAGCUGGAGGAGUGGAGACUCAAACUCUUCCUCCCAUGCUCACUGACACACUGUCUCUCCCACACACACGCACAUUCUCCCUCGCACACUCUUAGGAGAGUCAGAAAGCGCAGGCACAGCCAGCAGGGACGAGAGAGAGCCACAGGAGCUGGAAGGAGGAUCAGGAGAGACCCCGAGGCACCAUGACCUCCCUCUGGGGAGACCCUUCAGGCUCUAGCCUCAGUUCCCCAGGUGCUCCCCACCCAUGGCUGGACUACUGAACCUCCUACAGACCCCCCUCAUACCCCUCCUCUAGACCUGGACCAAAGCCGGAACGAGAAGAAGGCUUGGAAACGUUUAACUGCUAACGGCAAGCCAUCAUGAGGACACCUUGAGAACUUUUUGGGUUUUUUUUUUUUUUUUUUGUUGUCUACGUUUUUUUUUUUUUUUUGGGAGCUGGGAUUAUCUCUGUCAUCGUCAUGAGUUUGAAGAGGCGGAAGGCUGGCUUGGGGUUCACCUCCUGGCAGAGGUCGUUCUCCAUCCUGGCCCCGUGGAGGAAAGGUAAAGGGGACAUGGUACUGGACAGCGAGGUAGUCCUCACCAAAAUGAAGGUCUUCCAGAACUUCAGCGAGAAGCUCCUUGUUUCGGAAGAUUCCUUCUCCAACUCCUCCUGCUCUGUGUCCGUCUGCGAGCAAGAGGCCUCGGAGCCGAACAGAACCACAGAGGAGAACUCUCGCGUCAACGAAGGCCCUGGAUCACGUUCGGAGGAGACCGCUCCCAACUACCUGUGCGCCAUAUUCUCAGACUCCCAGCUGCCCCGGCUGUACAAGUUUGAGUCGGAGGACUCGGGAGUGGAGCUCCCCAGCGGCGCCAACUCCCCAUCCACGCCGACGGGCUCGGAGCAGAGCUUCGUGGUGCACAGCCGAGAGUCUUCCUGCGACUCCUGCCACCUUAAAGCUUCAGCGCCAGUUUCCGAUGAGCGGGUAUCGUCGAGCACAACGGCUGAUUCAGAGGAGAAACAAACCAAGGACGCUGAUGGCAAGGACGUUUGCGAGGAUGUUGGUGACACCGUUGGUGACGACGUUGUUGAUGACAUUGUUGACGACGUUGUCGACGACGUUAGCAGCAAUGUUGGCGAUGACGUUGUUGACAACGUUGGCAGCAACGAUGGCGACGGCAUUGAGGACAAUGGCCAUGACGUUGAGGACAUUGGCGGUGUCCUUGAGGACACCCUCCUCCAAUCAACAAUGACAGAGGAGGGAGUUAGUUUUUGCAUGGAGCUGACGGACGUGACUGUAAUGGAGGACCCGUUGGAGGCCUGUUGUGUAGAUGUUCUUGAAAGAUCUCCAGAUUCCUUGGCUCAGGUUGUGACUUCUGAACCUCAAGUGGCGGUUGAGGAGGAGGAGGAGGAGGAGGAGGAGGAGGAGGAGGAGGAGAGGCCAAGGGAACAGCCCAAUACGGAGAUCCAAGAAGGCAAGGAGGAGGAAGAUGUGUUCCUUACGUCGACAUCAGCCCUGAGGAAGAGCAGUACGAGUGACAGCCUUGAGGACUACAUGGAUGAGUGCUGCCGACUCAGCGAGGUCCAGCAGGCUGGCUCUAACACCCCUCUAGGCUCGGGCCUGGGCUACCUGGAGCACAUCUGCCGGCUGAUCGAGAAGAUCGGUCAUCUCCAGGAGACCAACCUCCGGCUACAGAAGCAGAUCUGUGGAGUUCAGAAGACCAGCCGGGCUGCCAAGACCAGAGAGGAUUUUCUUCCAGCACACUGUACUUGUGGAGCUGCCGGGCUGGCCCAUCAGGAACCACCUAAAAGACUCCAGAGGAACGACUUCCUGUCACUGAGCGGAACCUUGUCGGACCUGUCAACUAUCCACGAGGUCACCCGCCGGCCCCCGCUCUCGGACGGAAAUGGCAGGGCCCUUGGCCCCGUGCCCCUAUGGAGGCGGGGCCAAAACCGCAGGAGCUACACCGAGGGAGAGACCCGCUUCCUCUGUGACCCAGGGGCAGAGGGAGGACCCCCUGUCCCCCAGAGACGGCUGAGUGAGAACUACACAUGGGGACGAGUCAAAGACCUUGUGAGGAGAGCCAAGCUCAGGAACUCCAGCAGCAGCCGACUGGGACUGUCACCGACGUCACUGAAGAUGUCCUGCCCCCAGCUGUACAGGCCUGAUCUGGGGCCGGUGGACCUUCCCAGGAGCAGGAACCGGAACUCCAUGAUCACCCUGGGUCAGCAGGACCAACUGGACCUUAGCUGGCUUCAGUAGGGAUGACAGAGAUAUGAUCCAGAUGGCCGCUCGUGGGAAGAGUCUGCCCCGAUGACAAUGAUGAAGAGGAGGAUGAGGAGGGACAUGGAGACGUUGAACACAAGAGAGAUUUCAAGAAAUUAAGAAAUGAAAAUGAAGAGGUGGAACUGAACAUUUCAGGAAUG